UCUGCCACGCUAACGUACAGGUGUUUUGAAGUACACCUGUAAACGCCAGCUCCACCUCAUGUAAGGUUCUCAGAUAGCCUGUGACCGCAGGGCGAGGUGAGGUAGAGACACACUCUGGCUGGAUCAUCCAAUUAAGUGCAUAAAACGUAGAAGAGGCUCCAACAUGUCGUCGACGGCGCCCAUCAUAACAGGCCUGCUCAUGGCUUCGGCUGUCGUCUACCUCGGCGUCAAGAACCGGAGUCUCCGUCAGGUGGCUCUUGAUAACUCCCUGGAGGCGGAUAAGAUGUUGAAUGACAGAAAUUAUCACUUAUCCAACUGCCAGAAAUCAAUCGAUCCCAUGAAGAACGACGUUGAGAGUCUGGAAAGACAGCUCAAAGAGCAAAAUGACCUCCUGUCCGCCAACAAAGGAAAACUCGAUACCCUGAAAUCUAUUCAAGGAAACGUCGACGCCAAACGCACCGAAAUCGCCGACCUGCAGAAGAAACUCGAGGAAGCCAGCGUUACGCUCCUCAGCCUCCGCGAAGAAGAUACGAAAAGGAGAGAAGAAGAAGCGAAGAAAGCGGAAGAGGAGAAGAAGAAAGCAGAAGAAGAAGAGGCGAGGAAGAAGGCGGAAGAAGAGGAGGCAAAGAAGAAAGCGGACGAGGAAGCGAAGAAGAAAGCGGAGGAAGAAGCGAAGAAGAUAGCGGAAGAAGAGGCGAAGAAAAAAGCGGAAGAGGAGGCGAAGAAAGCAGAGGAAGAAAAGAAAAAAAAUGAAGAAAAUAAGGAGAAAGAAAAGAAGGCGUAAUGAUGAAGAAGAGUGGUAGUGUCGAGAGAGAGAGAGAGAGAGAGAGAGAGAGAGAGAGAGAGAGAGAGAGAGAGAGAGAGAGAGAGAGAGAGAGAGAGAGAGAGAGAGAGAGAGAGAGAGAGCUGCAUAGAUAGAUAAAUGGGAAUGCUUAUAUAUAUAUAUAUAUAUAUAUAUAUAUAUAUAUAUAUAUAUAUAUAUAUAUAUAUAUAUAUAUAUAUCCUUUUUUCAUCUAUCUGUCCAUACUUAUAAACAGAUGCUGACAAAGAGACAAAGAGAGAGAAAAAAAGAGAGAAAGUGUGUGCUACCUUUCAACCUCUAUUCUUCUUCCUUUUUCUCCUCUUCCUCCUCCUCCCCCUUCUCCCCCCUCUUUCUCUUCCUCUUCAACCCCUCCCUCCUUCUCCUCCUCCUCCUCCUCCCCUCCCUCCCCUUCCUCUUCCUAUUCCCCCACUUCCUCCUCCUUAUCCUCUCUCCUCCUCCUCCUCCUCCUCCUCCUCCUCAUCCCCCUCCACCUCCUCCCCUCCCUCCCCUUCCUCCUCCUCCUCGUCUUCCUCCCCUUCUUCUUCCUCUUCCUCCUCCUCCAUCUCCUUCUUCUAAAAUUUCUCUGCCAUGUUAAAUAAUACCAUCGUCUGGUUUUUUGUAAGGAGCAAAAUAAUGACUCCAAUGUUAACGCACAUUCUAUCGAGUGUAAUUUUUGUUUUGUUUUUCUUUUCUAAAAUAAAAUGUAAUAAGGUAA